UCCUGUCUCGGUCUCGUUUUUUUGCAUUUGUUUUUUUACAUUCUACAUCCUCCGGCUUCGAACUCAUCCGUCCCGAAUAAGAUAAUAUAUUCAGACCGACCCAGACAGACGGAUACCACGCGCCCUUGGAGGAGAGUGACGAGUGACGACUCUCCUAUCGUCCCAUCCGUUCCGUCAUCAUGUCUUCCGGACCGCCUCCAGAUAUUGACCCGGCCUACGCGGCUGAGACCAACUUCCCCCGCAUGAUGGCGAUCAACGGUACAUUCCACGGAAUCGCCAUCAUCUUCCUCGCUCUUCGCAUCUACGUCCGGUCGUGCUUGCUCAAGUCGUUCGGCAUUGAUGAUGUGGUCAUGAUCAUGGCAUGGUUGUUUCUCUUUGGAGGUGGCAUGGUGACGCAAAUCAUUGCCGGCACACACGGAGCAUUGGGCCGCCAUGCGGAUGCCGUGACCGUCGAGGAGAUGGAGAUGUACGGCAUGAUGAGCUUCGUGCAGGGUGUCUGUAUGACGGUCACCAGCAUUUGCCUGCUCAAGUUCUCCAUUGCCCUGUCGCUACUCCGGCUCAACAACACCAACAAGUGGUACAAAUGGAUCCUUUGGGGUCUGAUGGCGUUCAUCUUCUGCUACAUGAUCAUGGGCUGGGUGUCUCUCCUAGCCUUCUGCAAGCCGGUCGAGGCCCACUGGGACAAGGAAGUGUUCAAGACGGCCACGUGUUACCCGCGUGAGACGGCAAACUUGUUCGCAUCAUUGAACACAGCCUUCAAUAUAUUCACGGAUGUCGCCUUCGCCACGAUCCCGAUUCCGAUGCUCUGGUCGUUGCAAACCAAGCUGCGUGUGCGGAUUUACCUUAUUGCCAUCUUCAACCUUGGCUACAUCGCUGUGGGUAUCGGUAUUGUCAAGCUUAUCUUCCAGCUCGUCACGCGUGGCGACCCUGACAAGACGUUCAACAACUGGAUCCAGUUCUUCGGACUACUCCAGCAAAAUGUCGGCAUGAUCACCGCCUGCGCUCCGAUGCUUAAGCCGCUCGUCGCCAGGACGCUCAAGCUCCAAACCUCGUACGCAUCUCCGACCGGUCCCAGCGGCUACGGCAACCGGCAAAGGCCAUCUGCGGCGGGUUACAUCCGAGAAGAGACGUCGGGAUUCGAAAUGUCCAAGCUCCAAGGGGGCGUCAGCGAUCCGUACCACACCACUGUCAAGGGUGGCAUCAGCGACGACGGCAGCGAGACGUCCAUCUUGGCUGAAAACCUGCAGCACAGGGUCAUGAAGCACACGGAGAUUACGGUUGAGGAAUCGAGUCCGAGGAAUCGCAGUUGAUGUGAUGACACGGCGCGCACCGAUCGCGCUGGGUUCGGGGGAGGGAGUUUCUGGAACACGACGCGGGAAAGGGGCCAAGGCACAGAGGAAAGCGGGGACGGGAAUGGAAAAAAAAAAAGGAAAAAAAAAGAAGAAAAGAAAACGACAG